AAAUGCUGGUGCAAGUGGAGUAUAAUGCGUCCCAGAAAUGGGUUCGAGUUCCACUGACUGAUGACUGCUACGAUUACUCAAAAUUCAUUCAAGAGGUUCAUGAUAAAUUCAGCUUGGCAAGCGGAGUCUGCUUAGACCUGAAGGACUCCUCUGGAGUCGAUGUGGAUGCUGAUAUAUUUGAUGAACUCUUGAGGUCUUCAAAAGUGUCUUUCAAAGUAUUCACCGAGCACCUUGUGGCUCCCAUUGAUGACAGUGACUUCACAGACACUUCCUUCUAUUCCGAUGAUGGGUCAUUGACGUCAAUCGAGUCUCCAGCCUCGGCAAGCUCAUCCUCUACAAUAAUUACAGAGAGCACCAAAGCACAGAGAAGACGACUGGUGGAAGGACCACCUGACAGUAAGAUGGCAAAAGAUAUCAGAGGGAGGCUUUAACAUCUGAACAGCUGUUUGGGGAUGAAUGCAAAGAAGCAAUGUCCAUAAUGAAGCAUUCGUCAGACAAGGAAGUCGUUAAGGAGAAAAUGAAGAGAACCUUUAAGCAUAGACAGAAUAUGCUACGUGAUCUGGAGCAGUCAUCGCUCAUCUUGGAUCACUUUGAAAGAUUCUUGGAUACACCGGGCUUAGUUGAGCAGGACUUUAACAUGCUCUUUGAUGAAGACAUAUCGGGGAAGUUCCUUGCAAAAUGGCCAACAUUCUACAAACCGAGAGUCAUCACUGUCAGCAAAAGUGUUCGACAGAGUGCUUAUCUGGAUGACCUUCUGUCUGCUCAGGAGGAAUCAAGUGACUAUGAAUGGGAUAGUGACUUGGCAGCCAUUCUCCUGCUGGUUCAUCUCUUGCCUCCAACUGCGAAGGGGAAGAGACAAGGAAAAAUAAGUACAACCGACAUUUCUUUUGACUGUUAAAGUCAUUACAGAGUAUUUUGAUGAUCAUCUGAAUGCUUUCAGUAUAGACAUUGUGGAUGAUGUGCUUGCUAUUAUUUGUGUCUGAACUAAUAUAUUAUCAGCCUUAUGACAGGCAAUUUUCACCUGAAGAUGAUGAAAAAACAUAUAUUGUGCCACGCUGCUGUUUUAUAUGAGCUGUGCAUUUUGUGAGGUCUUUAAGGUUCUAAUAAAAGGUAAACCUUG